UUUCCAGCUGAGCUCUGUCUCACCAAAGGACCCUGCUGACCAUGAGGCUCGUUCAAACGCUUACUCUGUGCCUGGCUCUGUCGCUGAGCCUUGCUGCUCCCUCGGAUCAUCAGGAGGGUCAUGCUAAAAAAGGUGAAAAAGACAAACCUCAUGCUGAAGGACAUAAGCAUGAAUUGCACCAUGGUGCUAAGCUUGACCGCUGUGCAGGAAUGGAGUUUGAUGCAGUCGCUGUGAACGAGGAGGGAGUUCCUUAUUUCUUCAAGGGUGACCACUUGUUCAAGGGUUUCCAUGGCAAGGCUGAGCUGUCUAAUCAAACCUUCCCUGAGCUGGACGACCAUCAUCAUCUGGGACAUGUGGAUGCUGCACUUCGCAUGCACUGUGAAGACAGUCCAGGCCACCAUGACCACCUGUUCUUCUUCCUGGACCACAAGGUCUUCAGCUACUACAAGCACAAACUGGAGAAGGGCUAUCCCAAAGAGAUCUCUGAAGUUUUCCCUGGAAUUCCUGACCACUUGGAUGCUGCAGUGGAGUGUCCCAAGCCAGACUGUACUAAUGACACCGUAAUCUUUUUCAAAGGUGAUGAGAUCUACCACUUCGAUAUCAAGACAAAGAAGGUUGAUGAAAAGGAAUUCAAGAGCAUGCCCAACUGCACAGGAGCCUUCCGUUACAUGGGUCAUUAUUACUGCUUCCAUGGACAUCAGUUCUCCAAGUUUGACCCCAUUACAGGAGAAGUCCAUGGCAAAUAUCCAAAGGAGAGCCGUGAUUACUUCAUGAAAUGCUCACAUUUUGGAGAUAAGAGCACUGAUGAUCACAUUGAGAGAGAGCAGUGCAGCCGUGUGCACUUGGAUGCUAUUACAUCUGACGACGAUGGCAGUGUAUAUGCUUUCAGAGGGCACCACUUCCUCAGCAUAACUGGUGAUAAGUUUCAUUCAGACACAAUUGAGAGUGCUUUUAAAGAGCUACACAGUGAAGUGGAUGCAGUCUUCUCUUAUGAAGGUCAUCUCUACAUGAUCAAGGAUAAACAAGUGUUUGUGUACAAAGUUGGAGAGCCACACACACACCUAGAGGGUUACCCCAAACCCCUGAAGGAGGUGCUGGGAAUUGAGGGUCCUGUACAUGCUGCCUUUGUGUGCGCAGACAAACACAUUGCUCAUGUCAUCAAAGGUCAAACAAUCUAUGAUGUUGACUUGAAAGUCACCCCACGUAAGCCCGUGAGGGAAGGAAGCAUAACACAAUUUAAAAGGAUUGAUGCUGCAAUGUGCGGCCCCAAGGGUGUGACGGUUGUCAUCGGUAAUCAUUACUACAUAUAUGAUAGUCUCAUGAUUAUGAUGAGGGGCAAAAUCAUGCCUGAGCAGCACAAGGUGUCUCAGGAGCUAUUUGGCUGUGACCACUAGAGGUGGCGUACAGAGAAAAAGAAGAGGAACUGGUGUGCAAGUGACUUUGUGGAAAUCUCUUAAAAAAACAGACACAGAAAUUGCACAAACUAGC